AUGGGUGUUAUAGAUAAGUUUAUGCCACUUCUCAUGGAGAAAGAAGAAGAAGGCAUGUGGACUCCGUUGUUGCAAACCAGCGAGUGCACUUUUGCGUAUAUCAAAACAAACAAUCUCUAUAUUGUGUCUACCACUAAAAAAAAUGCGAAUAUUGCUCUUGUAUUUGUAUUUCUUUACAAAAUAGUUGAGGUCAUGACUGAAUAUUUUAAAGAGCUUGAAGAAGAGAGUAUCCGUGAUAAUUUCGUGGUAAUUUAUGAACUAAUGGAUGAACUUUUAGAUUUUGGCUACCCUCAAACUACAGAUAGCAAAAUUUUACAAGAGUAUAUUACACAAGAAGGCCACAAAUUAGAAAUGCAACCUCGCAUUCCUAUGGCAGUAACAAAUGCUGUAUCUUGGAGAUCGGAGGGUAUUAAAUACAGGAAAAAUGAAGUGUUUCUGGAUGUGAUAGAAUCUGUUAAUUUAUUGGCUAACUCAAAUGGUAAUGUUUUAAGAAGUGAGAUUGUGGGUGCCAUCAAAAUGAGAGUCUAUUUAUCUGGUAUGCCUGAGUUACGCCUUGGAUUAAAUGAUAAAGUACUUUUUGAAAGUACUGGUCGAGGUAAAUCUAAAUCUGUUGAAUUAGAAGAUGUUAAAUUUCAUCAGUGUGUCAGAUUGUCUCGUUUUGAAAAUGAUAGAACGAUUUCAUUCAUACCCCCUGAUGGUGAGUUUGAACUCAUGUCUUAUAGAUUAAAUACACAUGUAAAACCUUUGAUAUGGAUAGAAUCUGUUAUUGAACGCCAUGCACACUCCAGAGUGGAGUAUAUGAUCAAAGCUAAGUCCCAAUUCAAGAGACGUUCAACAGCUAAUAAUGUUGAGAUUAUAAUCCCUGUGCCAGCAGAUGCUGAUUCACCUAAAUUUAAAACCACAAUUGGUAGUGUGAAAUACACACCAGAACAAAAUGCCAUUACUUGGUCUAUCAAAUCUUUCCCUGGUGGCAAAGAAUACUUAAUGAGAGCUCAUUUUGGUCUACCAUCAGUUGAAUGUGAAGAUACUGAUGGGAAACCACCUAUACAAGUUAAAUUUGAGAUUCCUUACUUCACAACUUCUGGUAUCCAAGUAAGAUACCUCAAAAUCAUAGAAAAGAGUGGCUAUCAGGCAUUACCAUGGGUUCGAUAUAUCACUCAAAACGGGGAUUAUCAGUUGAGAACUAAU